GUUCACUGCUGCUUUGAGUCAGAACAUGAAGAAAAAUGUUGAACCUCUCCAGACUUCUAAUUAAAGACAAAUUUGAAGCGGUGAGGACGUUGUUUUUCACUCUCUGUCUGUCCCUCUGGUGGGAGUUGUCCUCCGUCCUGUGUCUCCUCCCUCGUGAGGGCAGGACUGCACCAUCAGAGCUGGAGCUGCUUCACACACAGCAGAGAGACGGACUCCACCGGGCAGCAAAACGUCCAUUUCUCUGUCUGUUUCAUGCUUUGGACUCUUCAGCGGAGACAUGAGACUGAGGACCAGCAGCUGCUGAGACAACAGACCGACAUGGACAAACAGAAAGUGCUGGCCAAGCUGAUCUGGGACCUGCAGUCCUUCCUGUCUGUCCUGGACUCAGAGAACCUGAGUUACAUCGCUCAGGCUCAGAAGAAAUCCAUCUCAGAGCUGCUGUCCAAACUGCAAACAAACGAUACUCCUGUGGAAGAUGCUGAGUACAUGAUCAUGAGCUGUCCAUCUCUGUCUCCUAGCAACGAGCAGAUAGACACACCUGGAACAGCUGGCGGGUCCUCUGAGCUGGUCUCGAAGCAGGACUCAUCUGUGCGGCUGAGAAACGGGGGCCCUGCAGUGCCGCCUCUCCCCCCAGGAGGUCUGGGCGGUGAUGAUGAUGAUGAAGAUACCUACGAGGAGGCAGAACCCUACAUGGCUGACACAACCAUGUCCAACGCUGAGAAGGUGGAGUCAGACAGCAGUCAUUACGAGUCGUACGGAGAGGAUGAAGACGAUGAGGAGGAACCUGUGAAGGACAGAGCUCACUACAUCCAGUGGAGCGCCUCCCAGCCCUGCCUAAGACCCGCCCCCGAGUCCCGCCUCUGCGGGUACCUGUGGAGGAGGAAGUGGCUCGGACAGUGGACCAAACAGCUGUUCAUCAUCAGGAACGACGUGCUGCUGUGUUAUAAGUGUGCUCAGGACCUCCUGCCUCAGCUGGAGCUGAGCCUCCGCGGCUGUCAGCUGGUCUACAAGUCAAAGUGCAACAGGAAGAUCCAGCACCAACUCAAACUGGUUCCACUGGGCUCCGAGACUCUGGUCCUGGGAUACAGCACCUUCCAGCAGGCCGACGAAUGGAAGAAGGUGAUACAGGAGGUGAGCGUUGGAGGUGAGGUGGAGACUCAGAGCUCGUUGUCUCUCAUCAGAUCAGAUCAGCCGUCGUCCUGCAGGUCCAGUACGGUCCAGACUGACUCUGAGGAGGAGACUCCUUCAGCUCGGUGCAGCCUCCACAGACACAAAGGUUUCCUGAGUGUGCUGAUGAACUGUCAGUGGCAGAGUUUACUGUGUCAGGUGGAGGCCGGUUUGCUCAACAUGUUCGGACAGGAGGAGGAGGAGGAGGAGGAGGAGGAGGCAGGGCGGGUGAAGGAGCAGCGGUCGCCUCAGUACACCGUCCAGCUCCGAGGGUGUGAGGUCAGAGCCGGACCCGACACCGACCACUCCUACAGGAUCACACUGAGCAUGCUCGGUGACCAGGUGGCUGUGCUGGAGGUCAGCAGUCCGGAUGAAAAGGACAGAUGGCUAAAGCUGCUGCAGGACGCAGCUGCCAGUCACAGUCACCAUGACAACAGCACUCAUGAGCACACAGGUGGAGCUCUCAGUGGGCUGCAGAUUCGGAAGUUUCCCACCUCCAACACCUACAUGGAUGACCCUUUCCAUCUGAGUUUAGCAGGCCGAGAGCAGCCCAUCUACUCCAACACCUCCACACUGGAGCACAAGCUUCAUGACUCUCAGGAUUCAGUUCGCUGCAGCUCGGUGUCGUCCAAAGACUCGGUGACCUACAGCAACACCAUCUUCACCAAACACAACAGGAAGUCGGUGGAUGUGGAGCGAGGCGUUCAGAAGCUGGAGCUGACCGGGAAGAGGAUGGUGCAGCUGAGGGCGGGGUCAGAGAUCAACCUGGCGUCUGCUGGGAAGCAAAACAAACGCACCUCUUUCAGGCAGUCGCUGGCCGUCUGCACUGAGCGCGCUCAGGCGGGCUUCCUGAACCCUCUGCUGCGACGGACGGCCUCAGCUAAAAACUCUCUAAGACGAGCUCCAUCAGCGCUGUUCAUCGAACAUGGAAAGGUUUUCCAGAGGAGGAAGGAGUGGGAGACCAAAGCUGCAGCUUGACACCAGCCGUCCAAUCGUCACAUCCCGUCGACAAACUCCAGUCCUCUCAGCUGCCGACUCUCCCGAGGUCCGCUGUGGAUUUAACCUAACGUGACAAACCCUGACCGGUUGUUUCCAACUGAAAGAGUCUGCGUCGCCUCCGUGGCUGCUCAGCAUAUUCAGUUCACGGCUCUGACGUAGCACAGAACCCGCCUUUGUUCACUGCACGAAGCUUUUGAUUGGCUGUCCCAAGCACCGCAGCCCAUAUCAGACACUGCGUUCACACCUGGCGCUGGACGGCCUGUGGCCCAAAGUCUGUCACGUGAACACGCCUGAGUCCGUGUGAACACAACUGUUUCUACAGACUGAACACACACACACACACAGAAGCACUCUCACACUCUUUCUUAACACCCAGUUAAAGGCUUUUAUAUGUCAGUAAACAAUAUUUUGUCCGUCACAGUGAUGCAGAGAGUCCGUCCCCUUCCUGUCUGUCCUGUGAAUCCACUGUACUUCCUGUUGCUGGUGGACGGUUGGAUGCUGUGCGAUGAGCUCGGUUUGUGUUAAACUCGUCGCUGUGUUCACAGUGAUGACUUCUUGUUGUUGUUGCUGUGAAUUUCAUGCAGUUGGUUAUUCUUAGCCUGUUUAAGCCCACGUGCUCUGUGUAAUAACUGAAUGACUACCUGUUCUCACUAUGUUACUGUACGGCUGAAGUGACUUAUCUUAUUACCAUGACAUUCACUCGUUUAUAUGAUUUCUUUUUGUAUGAGAUUCAUUUGUUUGACUAAACACUGAUCUGUCAAAUGAUACUGUAAUAUUAAAAACAUUCAUACAUA